AUGCAGCUGGGGGGCUGGCGGCGACUGUCCCUGGGGCCCGCGCCAGCUCGCCUCGCGCGGCACCGCUGCAGGCGCGCGCUCUGGACCCCUGGGGUGGGCCAUCGCCAGCGCCUCGACGACCCACACCGGCGGCCGGUGCUGACGCUGCGGGAGGGGGCCGACGCUAGGCUCCGCCGCGGUCACCCGUGGGUCUUCCCCCGCGACGUGCGCGACCCCGCGGAGCUCGGGCAGCACCCGCCCUGCCUGGUCAACCUGCAGUCCUCGGACGGGGAGGCGCUGGGCCAGAUCGACGCGGCCUUCUUCGCCGAGAGGCUCCGCAGCUGCCUCGCCUACCGCGAGCGGCUCUUCCCGGAGCCCUUCUACCGCCUGGCCCACGGCGAGGCCGACGGCCUGCCCGGCCUCAUCGUGGACCGCUUCGGCGACCACGCCGUGCUGCAGCCCGGCGCAGCGGCGCUGGACGCGCUGCUGUGGCCCAUCGCGGACGCAGUGGAGGAGGUGCUGCAGGCCAAGGUCAUCAUCGCUAGGCAGGACGCGCCUGGCCGCAAGCGCGAGCGCGCGCCGAUCAAGCGCGAGGUGCUCAAGGGCCAGUACCGCGGCCCGACGGAGCUCCGCGAGAACGGUGUCACAUUCUGCGCCGACCUCCUGCACGGGCAGAAGACGGGGUGGUACUUCGACCUCCGCGAUCAGCGCGCCCUGCUGGCCGCCCUCGCUCCGAGGGCGCCGCGGGUUCUGGAUCUGUACAGCCACGCGGGUGGCUUCGGGAUCUCGCUCGCGCAGUACGGGGCGGAGCACGUCGUCUGCGUGGACUCGAGCGAGGCGGCGGUCGAGCUGUGCCGGCGAGCGGCGGCCCUGAACUCCGUGGGGAGCCGCGUGCACGCCGUGCAGGGCGACGCCUUCGAGUUCCUGUCGUCGCUGGCCGAUGUGCAGCAGCAGUCCGCGCCCGGCGGCUCUCAGGGUCACGCUGGCAGGUUCAGCGACAGGGCCCUCCGCGAGCGCGAGUUCGACCUCGUGAUCGUAGACCCACCGAAUCUGGGCGGUGACCGUGCGCACGCACCGAAGGCGGGAAAUGGGCUUCCGCCGUCCGGAAGCGGAGUUGGCACUUGUUACCGGAGAG